AUGCUGCUGCCAUAUAUGCCCGAUUUCCCUCUGUACGAGUUGAGCAGUAUCGUGUUCUUUCUGAUACCGAUGCUAGUGAUCUUGGUGGUGUACAUCAGGAUGGGUUUAAGAAUCAGAAACAGCGUGAAGGCUACUUUGGAAACGGUGGGGCAGGGCUCGAUUCACGGAGACUCGAAGCAAAUUCAAUCCCGGAGAUCCGUGAUUAGAAUGUUAAGUGCCGUGGUUAUUCUAUUUUUCAUUUGCUGGGCGCCGUUUCAUGCUCAGCGAUUGCUCUACGUUCAUGCCCAAGAAUCCGAUUAUUACCCAGACCUGAACGAGUGGCUGUACAUUUUAAGCGGAUGCCUGUAUUACUUUAGCACGACCGUGAAUCCCAUUUUGUAUACCUUGAUGAGCAUGAAGUACAGGCAAGCGUUCGUAAAAACGAUUUGUUGCACGAUGAAGAGAACUGGUAGGAGGAGUUGGAUCACGAGAAAGUCCGAAACGUACAGUAACAGUUCGAGUGGAAAAGCACGGGACUCGAACUUCAAGUGCUCCGUGAGGUACACGAUCAAUCAGGCGAAGGAAAUGUUUCGAUUCACUACGACCCGGGAAAAUGUGGGAAAAGAUGGAGGCACGAACGAUGUCGUUGCUCGUAAAUCGUACGGGCUGAAGAAAGAAGAUUCCACGUCGAAGCCUCUUCUCAAUCGAAUGCACAGUGAUACACAGGAAGAAAGGGACAAUAAAAGUUCUGCACGCAGAACGACAGAGGAAAAUUCCUCGUCUAUAAUUAGCAGCGUUUUGUAG